AAUGACAGCCCAUGGGCAGCGAGUUUCAGCCUUUUUUUUCGUUUUGUGUUUAGUGCGAAUUUUGUGUUCAUGGUGGAAGAAGGCCAUUCCACGCUGAUCAGCUUCAAUUUUCAUACCGAGGAGCCGAAUGUGGACAAUGAAGGGGUCUUCUCGAAACUCUUUGGUAAAGUCAAGACAGCCGUGUCUGGCCAGCAUGCUCCAAAUGACGACGAUUUUGCGGCGAGUCAUGACUCGGUCGCUUCAUUUCCAUCGUCCAGAGAUAUUACCACCAUGUCCACCGCCUCACUAACCAGUUCAAAUAAUGUAUCCGAAUCACGGCUUCCCGAAACUAACGACCAACGAUCUCUACCGACAGUCAACGAUAACGUUGACGAUGUCGGAAGCGUCGACGAAAGUAAAGCAACGAGUAUGAGAAACAACAGCUACAGUGCUCCCCGAUCUAUCCAAGUCACAUCCCCGUCUCCUCCUACUUCCACUCCGGUUAAGGAUUCCGUCGUCAUCAAUUUUCCCGCCCCGUCUCUGCAUUUUGAUAUCAUUGCUCCACACACAUCAUUAUCUACCAAGCAUUAUCAUCAACAACAACAUCAUCAACAUCGUCAUAAUCAUCAUACGCAUACGGAUGAUCCGCAUCCUUCCGCCAGUGAUUUCACUCGAUCCAACCUUCAAUAUCCACUUUCCGUCAGCAGACUCUCACAGGCCGACGAGAAUCAGUCCAUGGCCAACAAAAUCGAUCACUUUUUACCAAUGAAAAAGACCGCGUCCAUUGACAGUGAUUCACAGUCCGUGGUGACGACGUUUUCGAUUUCCAAUACCAAUUCAUUGAACCGGAUUCUCGCCCGGCUUCGUGGACAGAAAAACGAUAAAGAGUAUUGGAUGCCCGAUGAACGGUGCAAAGAAUGUUACAAAUGUCGCAAGCCAUUUACGUUGUUGCGCCGCAAGCAUCACUGUCGAUCAUGUGGUCAGAUCUUUUGUGCAAAAUGUGCUUCCCACAUCAUCCCACGGAAAAUGUACAAACAGAAAGGUCCAGUGAGAGUGUGCAAUUUCUGUUACGCGGAGCAUCACACCGGACAGUCUACUCGCGAUUCAUCUAAUUUUGCCUACAUGCCCGACAUGGCCAGUUCAUCGUCCGUGGUAAAAGAGGGACCGUCCACCAUCAAACACAACUACGCCCCGGUCAUACCCUCGCAAAAACCGCCUUCCGAAGCGCCCAAGAUGCAAAUCCCGACCACCGCCUUGAAACAAGCACGGAUCACUUAUGGUGAUACCGAUUCCACCACGUUUGCUUUGGAACUUCCCGCCACAGAAACCGAUGCGUUGAUGCCUUCCUCCUACCAUCUCCACGAUUUUGGUCGUCCGCAAUCGCCGCGCAUGACCUCGGUCAAUGCCCACAGCGUGCCUUCCUCAAGACAACUGAUGACCGUCGCUUGGGACACCGACAAGCCGACUCAUGCAGAAGGUUCCGGUACAGGUUACACGGAUGUGAGCCUGAAACGGCUGUUGGACGCUGGUACGUCCCUUUUGAAAUCACGCCCUCGCAGCAACACCUCAUCAUCCGCCCCCCUCGAAGAUACCCGUCAUUUGCAACCGUCCGCGGAUGGAACCUCUUCCCUACCUUUCCGCGGCAAUUCCCCUUCGCCUUAUAUCGGCACCAUGGAUCGCGGCGGUGGCACCGUGGUUGAGGAACACCAACUUAGUCCCUUUAAACCGCACGUCCUGGAUCAGGAACAGGAUGCGGAUUCCGACAAUCACCUGUAUGAUGUAUGGAACCGGCCGACAGGACACAACGUGAUUGCUUCUUUCAGAGGUUCGCGAAUGCGCAUGGGAUCCAUGCUGCAUCGCCGGACAAAAUUGGUAGAGAGCGACGAUGAAGCUUACGAUACAAAACUGCGAGUGAAACGUACGGAAGAACUGCGGGGCAAACCCACCACCCGAGAACGAUCGUACACUAGCUAUCGACGACUGGAUACGCCGGAAAAGGACAUGGACCAUCGAAGACGCCUUCAUCGGCAACCGAGUCAUAUUCAGAUCAAUGUCAUGAACUUGCCGCAGCCAGACGUUUCGCUGUUGGGUGGCGAAAACUGGUCUCCGAAUCCCUUUUUAUCGCCUUACAGUGCCGGUACACCUGAAGAUCCGUUCAGCUCGUCAUUCCAAGAUUAUUCCGCCGUGAGGAACCGUCUGCUGAUGCCCAGACAGCGACGCAUCUCGACGCCUCCACCCAAUGUUGAACUCAGUUACAGCGCGCUUCUUCACGCACGCAAUAUCUUGAAACAGUUGAUGGACAAAGCCGACUUAUCCGAGUUGUCCGCCAAGAAACAGGAAGAAUGGCAGGAUAUCAUUAUGAACUUGUUGCUCAAAGUGACGGACCAUGUUCGGCCGGAUGUGCGUUCAGGUGACGACAUGGAUGUUCGUCAUUACGUGAAAAUCAAGAAACUUCCCGGUGGGUUGCCGUCCGACAGUUUUUACGUGAAAGGGGUCGUCUGCAGCAAAAAUGUCGCCCACAAGAAAAUGGUCCGCAACAUCUCGCAUCCGCGUAUCCUGAUUUUGUUAUUCUCUCUGGACUAUUCUCGCGUCGAAAUGGAAAACCAGCUUCUUUCCAUCACCCCCGUGAUUUCGCAAGAACGCGACCACAUCAGUAAACUGGUAGGCCGGAUCAUUGCGCUUCGUCCGUCGCUGUUGCUGGUCAAAUCGACGGUUUCUCGACUGGCAUUGAAAUACUUGCUCGACGCUAAUAUCCCGGUGAUCCACAAUGUCAAGUACAGUGUGAUUGAAGCAGUGGCGCGUUGCACCCAGGCCAGUAUUAUCCCGUCUGUUGAUAAACUACAGCUUGGCGGUUUGUCGUUUGGUCGUUGCGGUUCGUUUGAGAUUCGGACCCUGAUGCAUGAAUGGAUCCCAAAUCGACGCAAGACGUUUCUUGUCUUUGACGAUUGUCCACCGGAAUUGGGCGGCACCAUUGUCCUGCGAGGCGCGACGGAAGACACCUUGCGCACGAUCAAGCGAUUGAUCGAUUUCAUGGUCUUUGUUGUAAAUAAUCUUAAGCUUGAAACUUCGUUGCUGCGUGAUUCGUUUGCUAAAAAUCGUGGCGUCGAACAACUCACAGCAGCAGAGAAUGCGUCAGCCGACAAACAAGAGGACACCGACCCGGCCAAUGGAUCCACCUCAGCGCGUCAAUCGACCGUCAUGCGAGCUUCGGAAUCAGAACGGACCGAUUCGACCUUAAUCACCACCAAGGAUGCACUCAAAGACGAUGCGGCAUCCAACGCCCCGAGUGAUGGGAUCGACGGCUCGUUCAAGGAAAAGGACGGGGAAACCUCACUUUCUCAGUUGAUUGACAUGUAUCGGGAUACCAUCCUAUCUGUCUCUCAGUAUGUCACCUUUCCACCGCCGUACUUGUUGAUGCGACUGAAAGCUACCGAAGAUCGAUUGGCGAAAUUAACUUUGGCACGACGACCCUGGACUGGCAAGGCACAAGAAAUCUCGGCGCCAUCCACGCGCAGCACCGUCGAGCCGGCACUUCCAUCCAUCGACACAGAAUACGAACAUUUAAUUGCCAAGCACUAUCAAUUAGCUCGUGCUUGGGAUGCGUACGUGGGCCAGGAUCCCGAUUACAUUAGCCCUUUUUAUCAUCAAAGUAUCGUGGUACUGUAUUCCAAUGUGUGUACCGUGACCACAGUGCCGUGCCAGGGUCCACAGAUUCGUAUUUUUCAGUACUACCGUCAUCCGUCCGACAUGCCUUUGGGUCAAUACGUGAUUGAGCUAUGUGCCGAUGCGACGCAACCGUGUCCUUCGCUCAUGUGUGAACAUUCGAUGCUGGACCACUAUCGUUCGUAUGCGCAUGGCAACGGUCGAGUAAAUGUCAUGAUUGAGAAAUUCGAGUGUCCACAACCGGGCAUGGCCGAUAAGCUGCUGAUGUGGAGCUAUUGCAAGGAAUGCGAUCGUCCCACCCCGGUCAUUCCCGUCUCGGAAAACACCUGGAACUACUCGUUCGGAAAGUUCAUUGAACUUUCCCUGUAUCAGACCAAUGUCCAUUGUCGGGCCGAUAUUUGCCCUCACGAUAUCUCUCGACACCAUGUACGCUAUUUCGGGUUCAUGAAUUUGGCGGUCCGGUUUCAAUACGAGCCCAUUGGGUUGCUGGAAGUGUCUGUGCCUCCCAUGAAACUGUUCAUGCUCAGCCAGGUGCAAGCGAAUCUCAAGGAAGAAGAGACCAAGAGUCUUCGCCACAAGAUCAACAAAUUUUAUCAGUCGAUUUCCGAACGUAACAAAGGGUUUCCCUUUGAUCUGGUCGAUCCUCGCAAGCUGGACGCGUGUAAAGCCGAGCUUCAGGAGAUGUCAAACCGAGGGGUCGGAGAAAAGAAGCAGAUACUCCAGGUUCUUCAGAAUAUCUUUGCCACCACUGAAGCCAGCGAUACGCUCACCAUUAACUGGGUGCGGCGCAUUCUGUACCAGCAGUGCGUGCAAUGGGACAUGGAGUACGCCGAUCUCGUGAGCAUUUACUUGCAGCCGGAACGUGAGCUGCGCAAGUUGACCACGAGCCACCUUCGCAAAAUGUUCCCGACAGAUAUGAUGGAACCGGCCAUGACCAACAUGGACGAUGAACGCACCAAACGUGCCACGGAGAUCACCGAUCUGCCUUUACUCGGUAUCGCACUCGACAGCCAAGAAGAAGCCAGUGUCAUUGGUUACUGUUUUGAGUCAUCCGAUACACAAGAAUCUCCUUUCACCAUGUCAUUGACCGCCCAGCCGGAACUGUCCAGUUCGCCAACCGACACUGCCAGUUUCAACACGAACCUGACUGCAGCGGGCACUUUGGAUCACCCGACCGAAUUGGAUGUGUCUAGCGGCGAGAUGGAAUCAAAACAGUCCCUAUUGAAACCUGACAUUCGUCGGCAGCUGUCCUUGGAUCUUCUUCAUAAACUCGACGCCAAGGGUCGCGGUACGGCCUUGGAUAGCGACAGAGAUCGACAGUACCUUCGACGCCGACAUACCGGGCCCAGUGCGCAUGCAGGCUUCUCACCUUCACGCAUCCCGGUACCGCAUCUAGGAGAUUACAAAUCCAAAAGCUCCUACGCGACUCCUGUUUAUGAGCCUUACACGCCACUCUACCAUUCUAUGAAAUCGCCGGUAAAAGCUCAAGGAAAAUAUCGUGGGCGUCGAAAAGUGGCUGGGGCGAAUCCUCACGGUGAAGCAUCCACGCACAGAGCGCCGAUAAACGAACAUGCACAAGACAAGGCGCCGCAUGAACGACGAAAAGCGGAGCGGCAGUUCCGGUCUCGAUUGCCUCGCAAAAAGACGUACAUCCAAGUGUACACGCAAGCCAACGAUCUUGUGAAAGAAGACUUGGACGAUGAAUUCUUGACGCACGAUGUGGACGAUCAAGGAAAUGAUGAGGACAACCGAUGUGACGAGGCGGUAGAUAUGCUACGGUAUCGUCGUCGAUCGACGGGCCAAGGUUUGAAACCGCCCCGUCUGGACCUCUUGUCGUCCAACGAUGAUGAAGAAGCGGAAAUGGACUACUUUUCCCCUGUUGCUCCGUAUCUGUACAACUUCCAAGUUCAGCCCCAAACUGUCACUCGAGUAACGUGCCUAGAAACGGUCGAUUCUCCGGAUGAGCCUUUGACCACGUUCCCCAUGACAUUGGGCGCGAGCGUAUCACCACCGAGCGACUUUUUCUUGCCACCUGCAUAUACAUUACUGGCUUGUGUUCCUGCGGCCGACGGAGAUGAAUCCGAUAAGGUGCCUUCACCGACCGAUGCACAACAAGAACGUGCUAGAGCUAUGGCCGAAGCCUUGGACAGUUCGCGACAAUCGCCCGAGAAGACUUCCUUUAUGAAAACAAUCACCAAUUUCUUGACUGACAGCGGAGCUACCAAUCUUUUACCGCUGGAGAAUCCCAUCCAUUCCACAGAGCACAUUCUUCCUGAUUCUUUUGUGGUUGUUCGCGAGGAUGAGCCUAGCACGAUCAUAGCGUAUACGUUGAACUGUGAAGAUUACCUUUUAAAGUUGAACGAUAUCCAGGAAAUGGCAGCGGAUGAUACUUCGUCGUAUGAUGCGGAGAGUAGUACCAUUUCUUUGGCGGGAAUGCCACUGGAUGCGGAGGGAAUAGACCCUGGCGAAUCCGUGACAUCUACCGCCGCAGGCAUUGAAGAAACGCUACUAAGAGAAUCGGGGACUCACAUGCGCUACAAUUUCUCGGAUGGGACAACCAAGUUUUUCUGCAAAAUUUUCUUUUCUGAGCAGUUUGAUGCGCUACGACGCAACUGUGGGUGUGAUGAAAGCUAUAUCCUUUCUUUGGCCAGUUGUGUCAAGUGGGAUUCGUCGGGCGGCAAAUCGGGAUCAGCCUUUCUGAAAACCAAAGAUGAUAGGCUGUUGAUGAAGCAGAUGUCUCGAUACGAAUUGGAUGCAUUUUUAAGAUUUGCUCCUGCUUACUUUCAAUACAUGUCCGAAGCAUUUUUCCGUGAGCUUCCGACCGUUCUGGCCAAGAUUUUUGGUUUCUAUAGUAUUGGUUACAAAAACUCGACGACCGGCAAAUCCAUGCGGAUGGAUGUCCUGGUCAUGGAGAAUUUAUUUUAUCAGCGGAAUAUAAAAAAGAUUUUCGACCUGAAAGGGUCCAUGCGGAACAGGCAUGUCCGUUCUACUGGCAAGCAAGACGAAGUAUUGCUGGAUGAAAACCUUGUAGAACUCAUUUACCAGUCGCCACUCUUUAUCCGCGCACAUUCCAAAGAGAUCCUUCGAAGCUCGCUUCACAAUGAUACCCUUUUUCUGUCAAGCAGAGGUGUGAUGGACUACUCGCUGCUAGUGGGUAUUGACGAAGAACGUCAAGAGCUGGUAGUGGGUAUUGUCGGUAAGUUAUCCACGAGUCAUUAGAGAGGAAAAAAAAGAUGAUGUACACAAGAUUUUUGCUCAUAAAAUACCACAGAUUUUAUCCGUACAUUUACAUG